AUGGCCCGUUGCGCCCUUGUCACUGGUUGUAGUGCCGGCGGUAUCGGCUCGGCCCUUGUGGAGGAACUCCACGCCCAGGGGCUUAGAGUCUAUGCGACCGCCCGCUCCCCAGCUAAGAUGAACCAUCUUAAACUUCCCAAUGUUAUCCUUGUUCCUCUCGACGUUGUGGACCCGGCCAGUAUUGCCGCUGCCGUCAAUAUUGUUCAACAGGAUUUGUCUUUGCAUGGUGACUCUCUCGACAUCCUCAUUAAUAACGCGGGCCAGUCCCUCGUUUAUCCAGCGCUGGAUAUCUCGAUCGACGAGGCCAAGCGUCUUUUCGAUGUCAAUUUCUGGGGGGUCUUAGCUGUCACCCAGGCUUUCAUGCCGUUGCUGCUGGCUGCUAAGAAUGGCAGUACACUCGUGAAUGUCUGCUCUAUCUCAGGCUUCUUGCACGCCCCUUGGAUGAGUGUCUACAAUGCCUCGAAGGCCGCUCUAAUGUCUUGGAGUGAGACUCUCCGAUUAGAAGUGCAACCCUUUAAUAUCCGGGUUAUCUCUCUAGUCACUGGCGCUGUCGCUACAAAUGUCAUGUCGCAUUCGAAUAUAAACCUACCGGAAAAGUCCCUUUACCAAAAGGCGCUCCCAGAGAUUCAAAAACGCGGUGUCGGGGAUGAUGUGUCAAAUAAGAGCGCGCCGGCAGAGUUUGCUCGCGAGGUUGCUAAGGAUGUCUUGGGCGGAGCCGCAGGACCGGUGUGGCAUGGAAGUAUGGCUUCCAUGGUGAAGUUCAUGUCUAGAUACAUGCCAACAGGUAUUUUAGACCGAGUGAUGAAGGGGGGAACUGGGCUGGACAAGCUGCCUUGA